UAUAAUAGGAGUUACUCGCGGAUCAUAUUCUUCUAUACUCAUUAGAAAUAUGAACGGUUGUGGAAGUGGUUUGAUUUAACUCCUAACUUUGAUCUGUAAAUCGUUAUUAUUAUUUGCGGACGAAAUCCUAUGAUGUGAUAACAUUUCUACAUUAUUAUACUAACGUAAUAUCGCUCGCUCGGGACUGCUGAUCGGCGUGAAUCAAAUAUUUAAACGAUUGAUGUGUACAACUGUGCAACAGUAUAACUAAAUAAUAACAUUAUCAUUAUAAUAAUAUUAAGAGUUUUCGAACAAAUACAUAUGUUAAUAGUUUUUUUUUUAUUAUUAUAAUUACAACGUAGAUUAUAGUUUUCAGGUGCUCAAAUUGUUUUGUGUCAUUGAAUGUCGAAAAUAUUUACAUUAAAUUUAGAAUACGAUAGAAUUUAAGAUAUGUCUACUUCAAAUAAUAACGAUAUUUUAAAUAAUAAACAAAAUUGUAACAAUAUACUGUUCAAAAUUAACAGUACGUUCUUUGGAUAUUUGUCGAUUUACGCAAUAUUUCAGGUAUUAGGAAUACUGCUAAUAUUUUCCAUAUUUUUUUGGCUUCAAUUUUACCGAAAUGGUUUUGGAUUUUCUGGAACUAUAAAUGUGUGCAACUGGCAUCCACUGUUAAUGACAAUCACUUUUACAUAUUUAUUUGCAAAUUCUAUACUUCAUUUCCGCAAUUUCCGCAAUAUUAAAAAGAAAAAAUUAAAAAAGCAGCAUUUAAUAAUUCAUAGCUGUAUAAUCUUCUUCGGAUUAAUUGGUGUAUGGACUGGUUUAAAUUCAAAUGUAAUCGCUAAACCACCAAUUCCAAAAUUUUACAGUUUUCACAGUUGGUUGGGAAUCGUAACUGUCAUUAUGUUUCUUUCUCAGUUUGCAAGUGGAUUUGUAACAUUCUUCUAUCCUAAAGUAGCUGUACAAUAUAAAAAAGCUAUUAUGCCUUAUCAUAUAUUCAUUGGUACAUUAACCUUUAUAUUGUCAAUUGUUACAUCAGUACUGGGAAUUAGCGAAAAAAUUAUGUUUGCUUUGAAUCAGCAGGAUAAUUACAUGCCAACGGAAGGUCUGUAUUUAAAUUUUGUGGCAUUCCUAUUAAUAUUUUAUGGUGUAAUGGUUGUUUAUAUAUUGAUAAAACCAGAGUAUAAAAGACCACCCAAACCAAAAGAUGUGGUGACACAUAUUGCAAAUAUUUAGAGCCAGAGCAGUGUCAAACAUUUCUGUGCAUCAGGGCAAAAUUUUUUCUUCGGGGCCACUGGGCACAGGUAGCAUAUAAGGUGUAGAUAAGAGUGCCCCCUUAUUUUUACAAAACAACGGCGUCCGGGGGAAAUUUCCUCCUUUGACCCUCCUUAACACGGCCUUAACCAGAAUAAACGAUUUUGAUAGGUAAAGUUGCUCCAACUCUCAACCAUAAAAAAUUUCAGAUAGAAAAUGUGGUCUAGUUUAAAGAAAUGUUGAAUAUUACAAAUCUCCCAACAAUUUUUUUUAAUAACGAAAAAACGAUGAAAAGUUAUAAAAAAAAAAACUGUUAAACUUACUGUACACCGGGUUUUAAUAAAUCGAUUUUUUUUUAUAACCACUUAAAAAUAAUAAUCGUUGGGACUUGAAAUUUUCACUACCGUUUUACAGCAAUUAUAUAAUUGCUAAUAUACGAUAUAUAUAUAUAAAACUAAUAUACGUAG